AUGGCCGCACGAUGCAACCUUCGAUGGGGACAGACCUUGCAGGCAACUGAACAGAAUCAGCGUAAGGUCUGGGCACCACUCAAUCUCGACGAUCUGGAUAGCACCCAACAGGCCAUCGAUCGCCAGGCUAUUCUCGAUAUGAUCCGAGAGGUCUACAACCCUGAGCUAACUAAUUUUCUUGCUGUUCCAGGGAACAAGUGGAAUAAGCAGUUCAUGUAUCCUAAAAACAGACCAAUCGAACAAGCAUUGGGUGAGCUUCUUCCAAGAAUGCCACAGGCCGCUCAAGGUAUUUUGGAAGUCGACCUUGGUCUUUAUCUCUUUGAUGUCCUUCGUUAUAAGCGAUUUACUGAUGACAGUUGGACAGUCCCUGUGCCUCCUCUUGCCCCUCUACCCAUGGGCCCCACGCACCCUAAGGCCCCUAAGGUGGUCCCUUGGACAGCUAUUAAUGCCAACUGGCCGGUUUCCAACCCUCCUGUCGAUCACCACCAUGUCGAAGAGAUGGAUGUUGAUAUUAAUAAGGAGAUUGAGGGGGGAACUGAGGAGAAAAUUGAAGAGCAAGUUGAGGAGGUUAAAGAGGAAGUUGCAGAGGGAGUUACGGAGCGAUUUGAGGAAGAAAAUGAGGACCACUCCAACGCCGCAGCGCUAGGUUCCAUGGUGGCUUCUUGUAUGCCCUCUGCUGUGCCGUCUUCUAUCGCCUCUCCUAUCGCCUCUCCAAUUCUUUCUCCUGUGGCAUCUCCUGGCUUGUCUUCUGCAUCGUCACCCAUGGCCUCCCUCGCCCCCAAGUCCUCUAACUGGACCACAAUCAAUGCUGGCUGGGAUGCUAUCAAUAACUUGGUGGCUAGAAAACCCAAAAGGGUCAUGGAGGUUGAGACGGAAGAUGAGUCUGAUUGCCCAGCCACGAAGAAACAGGCAGUGGCGAAAUAA